CGCAGAGAGAGAGAGAGAGAGUCGAAUCGGGGAACAGAGCACUCGUUGGUCGUUGCUCCCAACUGCGCCACCCCGCCGCCUCCGCCGCCGACCUGCCGUCAGUCCGCCGGCGCCGGUCUUACCGCCUCCAGGAGCUUCCCCUCCCCUCCCCAACUCCAGCUCGCCUAUCCAGACGCGCGCGACGGGCGGCUGCCCUCCGGCCCCGCCCGCGGCGCUAGGUCGCAGUCCUGCCUCCCUGGCUCCCCGAGUCGGCAACUCCCACGCCCAGUACCCAAUCGGCUGGGGGUGUGAAUGGCGCAACCUUCUGUCAUUCUAGCAACUGCAAGUUAUGAUCACACAAUCAGAUUUUGGGAAGCCAAGAGUGGUCGCUGUUACCGUACUAUUCAAUAUCCAGAUUCGCAAGUCAAUCGCCUUGAAAUAACCCCAGACAAGAGAUUCUUAGCUGCUGCUGGCAAUUCUCAUAUACGGCUUUUUGAUGUUAACUCAAAUAGCCCACAACCGGUAAUUAGCUAUGAUUCACAUACUAGUAAUGUGAUGGCUGUGGGAUUCCAUUGUGAUGGCAACUGGAUGUACUCUGGUUCUGAGGAUGGCACCGUGAGAAUCUGGGAUUUACGGACCGCCACUUGCCAACGAGAAUAUGAAAGUCGUGCAGCUGUCAACACUGUGGUCCUACAUCCCAAUCAGAAAGAACUAAUAUCUGGUGAUCAGAAUGGAAACAUACGUGUGUGGGAUUUGGCUGCUAAUUCAUGCAGCUGUGAGUUGGUACCUGAGGUCGACACAGCUGUAAGAUCUCUGACAGUCAUGUGGGAUGGGAGCAUGGUGGUUGCUGCAAAUAACCGUGGGACAUGUUAUGUUUGGCGCUUGCUUAAAGGUACUCAGACAAUCACCAGCUUUGAGCCCCUCCAUAAGCUGCAAGCACAUGAUGGCUACAUCCUGAAGUGCCUUCUUUCACCUGAAUUUUGUGACCCUAACAGGUAUCUUGCAACAGCAUCAUCUGACCACACUGUAAAGAUUUGGAAUGUCGAUGGCUUCAAGUUGGAACGGACUUUAGUGGGUCAUCAGCGUUGGGUCUGGGAUUGUGUAUUCUCAGUAGAUGGUGCUUAUUUGAUAACUGCUUCCUCCGAUACUACUGCAAGAUUGUGGACAAUGUCAACCGGAGAGGCCAUCAGGGUGUACCAGGGACAUCACAAAGCAACCGUGUGUUGUGCUCUCCAUGAUGGGGCUGAAUCGGCUCCCUCAUAAGCAACCUUGCGCCCGAUGUUUCUGUACAUAUUUGUUGAUUUGAACAUAGCAUGGCAGUGCUCUGCUAGAUUUUCAGUUCCGUAGCAACUUGUGAACUGCUGGUUAAGAUUUGAUUGCUGUGGUGCUGGGAUGUAACAAUGUAUAUGCAGCCUCUGGAAGCUGUGUGCAAAUGAUUUGUAUGAUAACGUUGGUGGACAUUUCUGUGCGUUAAAUACAAUAACAAUCAUUGUACUUG